UGAUAAAGGAUCAAGGUUGGUACUACAAUACUAUGAAUAAACAGACGUUCAAUGGAAAUUUAUAACAUGGAGUAUGUGAAAAUAAUAGAAGAAGAUUCUUGCAAUGCUGGGGUUGGAUUUGGAUUGCCCUUGCAGGAAGAACCCAUACCUCAAACCCCUGGCAAUGGCAAAUCAUGGAAGCAGCUGCUAUCCUUGAUCGCGAUUUGCAUCUCUUUGGCAAUUUUGGCAAUACUUGCAAUCAAAUAUAUCGGACCAUUUGCAUUGAGAAAGCAGGUUGUUGUCCCUGUGAUAAAAUGGGAGGCAGUUAUGUUUAACAGUUUCGAGCUCGUAAUUAUAAUCUUUGCUUCAUUAGCUCUAUUCCCAAUCCUAUGUCUGCCCUCUACACCUUCUAUGUGGGUGGCUGGGAUGACCUUUGGCUAUGGAAAUGGAUUCCUGCUAGUCAUGGCUGGGGUAUCUGUUGGUGUAUCAUUAACUUAUUUUCUUGGUUCUAUCUUUCACAGGAAAAUUCAUAGGUUGUUAGAGAGACAUCCAAAGCAUGCUUCUAUACUUAGACUAGCCGGAGAAGGAAACUGGUUUCAUCAAUUUCAAGCUGUCACCCUGAUUAGAAUCUCCCCGUUGCCUUAUAUUAUAUUUAACUAUGCUGUUGUGGCUACCAAUGUCAACUAUAGUCCUUACUUGUUGGGGACAUUGGUGGGCAUGGUGCCUGAAGUUUUUAUUGCACUCUACAGUGGGAUUUUGAUACGCUCCAUUGCAGAGGCAACACAAGACAAGAGAACUCUUUCGACCAGACAGAUAAUAUUCAACAUUGUUGGGUUCUGUGCAUCCCUGAUGGCUACAGUUUUCAUCGGCAUUUACACGAAGAGGCGACUUGAUCAGCAACAUGAGGAAGAGCUGAUAUCAGAUUAAUUUCAUUUUUAUGACAAUCUUGUACAAACUACAGACGCUCUUCAUUCAUCUGGAGGAUGAUACAGGUCUGGAGAUGAGGUAUGCGUGCAAAAUUUUCAUUGGUUUGAAGGAGAAGCAGAAGUUGGAGGAACAAACAG